CAGAAGCAUUGAGGCGAUUGUGAGCUGGCGAGUCCUGGCAGGAUUCCUAGUCCGGGUGUGGCACUUGCGUAGGAUGUAAAAAAGACAUGUAACAAGAUGGCGGCGCCCAGCAGAAAGAUGCAGAGCUUUACCAACUGUAUUCGUUAAUGGGUUAAAAUACAACUUUAAAGAGAGCUGCAGGUACAGGAGGAAAUACAUAUCAUGGUGAAAAACAUUUUGUUAAUUAACAAAAUAAAACAUUCUUGAGGAGAUUCUGAAAGGGAUAUCCCAAAAAGUGAAACUGGGUCUGGGUACAGCUGGAUCAUUAAAGAUGAAAUGUUUGCUCAUUGUUUCGGAGGGUGCUGAGAUCCUGUUCUGUUGGUCCGAUGAAGAAUUUGAGCAAAACCUCCAUAGCAGAUAUGAUUUAUCUGAUCAAUCACAGCCACCAAUCUUUGGGGACAGCAUCAAUACACUCUUUGCCCCUUUAAUAAUCUCAUGUGUCACCCUGCUGGAACAGAUCAAUGACACGUAUACAUGUUUCACAUCUGACAAUGGUCAUCUCUGCGUUCUUCACAUGUUUGGAGAGUGUCUGUACAUUGCAGUGAAUGGUGAUGGAUCAGAAAAUGAAGAUGACCUGCGCAGAAAACUUUAUGUUCUGAAAAGAUUGACAGAAGUACACUUUGGCUUGGUCACCUUUGACAGCCAGUUAAUUAAAAGGGAAUUGCGGCCCCCUGAUUCAGAUCAGCGCAACAUUGUGUGGAAAACUUUUCAAAGCCUUCUCAUGACUUACAGUCGUUUACGAAUUGAGGACCAGAGCUUUGCAGUGGAGGCUGUGGAGCGCCUGAUUCAUCCAAAACUCUGUGAGCAAUGUAUUGAAUUUUUGGAGAAACAAAUAGUCUAUCACAUUAACAGCAGCACUGAGCGGGGUGGGGAGGAGGUUCUUCAUGCCUUCAUUUUGGUAAACACAAAACUUCUAGCACUUUUUUCCAGUCGGAACGCCAGUUCGUUGAGACCUGCAGAUCUCCUGACCCUAAUUCUGAUAGUUCAAGAUUUGUAUCCCGAAAUUGCUGCAGUGCAGGACCAAAAUCUGGAGGAGUUAGAAGACAAUGCUCCCUCUGAGGAAUAUUACACACCUGAUCCCUCUCCCAAUAAUAGCAGUUUAGGUGGAGGAAGCUGGAUUGAUGACUCUCCUGCAUCAAGCUUCACCGAUGCUGAAAUUCAGAUUGCCGAGGACAGUUUAAAAAUGCUGAUAGGUUCCCCUCAAGAGCCUACAAACACAAGAAGAGUUUUUCUGGAUGCCAACUUAAGAGAGGGUUAUUGUCCCAUGAUGCCUCAUUCCAUGUACUGCUUUCCACUAUUUCCUAGUAUAUCGCUUGUUCUUUUGACAAAGUUUUCAGGCUCCCAAAUUGCCCUUACUCUGUACCAGCUUUUGGAUGGGUUUAGUAUCAUAGAGAAAAAGUUAACUGAGGGGCAGGAAAUUCAUCAGAUUCUACGGUCACAUCCUAUCCUGGCAGACCUGAAACAGAGGACGGACAGAUUUGUGAAGAAUCUCGGGGGACGUGAAUCUCCGUUGCAAGUGUCUUGGCUUGACUUCAAGACCAGAGCAUUCUCUAGGAGUGAGACCUCCACGGAACUUAUUCAGGCUUGCGGAAACAUGAAACGCCAACUGUGCUCUGUGUAUCGUCAGUUAUUUCUUGCAACACCAAUAAGUGGAACACAUACCCUGUCCUUAAAUUUGCAGACGUAUGCCAGAGACCUUGUUCAGAAGAAGUUGGAUGACUGGAAAGACUUUUUAUUAGUGAAGAGCAAAAGAAACAUUACAAUUGUUACGUAUUUGGAAGAAUUCCCAGGCCUGGUACAUUUUAUAUACGUUGAUCGCACAGUUGGACAAAUGGUGGCUCCCUCUUUGCACACUGAUGAGAAUAUCCCUACUGAGCUAGGAAGUGGCUUGUUAGCACAUUUCAUAAAAAACAAGAUUUGGUCCUUUAUUGGUCUUUCUCGUCGGUACCUUCAGAAAGGAUACACAACACUGACUGUUCGCGAUGGUGACUAUUAUUGCUGCUACUUCCUGUGGUUUGAGAAUGAAGCGGGUGACAAACUUGAUGUCAUUGAGGUGCCUGUUUUAGGAGACGAUUCUGCUCCUGUAGGAAUGCUAGCUGGUGAAUAUUACAGGAAACUGCUGCGCUAUUACAGCAUCAAUCAACAGGUAGAGAUAAUAAAGUGCUACGAACUGCUGACAAUUCACCUGGGUGUCAUUCCUCCGGAGUUUGUGAUACAGCAGUGUCAUAACCUCGCCCGCAAGCUUUGGGAACCUUCUAGAAUCCCUAUCCUAUAGUGAGGAAGAGCAAAGAGAAAACUCUGAUCAAGUUCUACUCCAGGAGCCACAGAAUAGUUUUUAGAUUGCACCCUGUUAUGGCUGUCGUUCUUUCCACACCUUGACUGAAUGGAGGAUAAUCGUGAACGCCUUUUCACAUUAAAGGGACAUGGAUAUCAAAAUUAGACUUUGAUGGUUCGGAUUAGAACAAAUAAUUUUAAAAACUUCCCAGUUUACCUCUGUUAUCAUAUUUAUGUCUUUUUCUUGGUCUUGAUUGAAACUUGGUCCCUUUCCAUGAGCUUGUACUGUGGUAUAUGUGCAUGUGUCUUCAGCACUGUGUGGCAGCAGUGUGUUUAGCAGUGUUAUACAGGUAGCAUGUUGAGGGAGCUAAUGCUGUAUAGCUAGAAGCACUGUUUAAUAUAGAAACACAAAUGGACACAAACUGUGCAUUUGUCUUUUGGAUAGGAGACAUACAGCGUGUGCAAGUAGUAGUAAGUGAAGGCUUCACUGUCUGCUGUUGCUUAAGCUCCCUUAAGUUAUUUGUCCCCUUGGUUAUUUGAAUAACAUUGCUGCACAUCCUGUCGUAUACAGUGCUCAAGCACAUGCAUGCUCCUGAGCCUACUUCAGUAUACAUAGUAAUACUCAAAAAUAGUUAAAGUAAAAGCACCAACCUUUAGCAUCCUUUCAAGUGUGCACGCAAUUUACAGGGCUCUACUACCUCUAAAUAUAGAUAUAGUUUGCAAUAAAGUCCAACACCACUCAUAUACAAGUACCCCAACUGGAUCUCUUUUAUUGUGGAGAAUCACAAAUGCGAUAUUUUGGGCUAUACACAGCCCUUACUACAAAGAAUGUAUUUACACAAUAGACUUUAAAAAGUCUCAUAAGUGCUCCCACCUAAUUACAUACAGCUGUUCACAGCUAAACACAGUUAGCUACCUACUGACCCCUAGUGGAUAGCUUCAAGUUAAUUCUCAAAUACAUUGUAAAAAUUAACUUCUAGUGGUCAGAUAGAGAUACUACAGCAAAUAUACCUAUAUCCAAAGUCCAUGGUUUAGGUAAACCUACAAUUCAACCAAUAUACAUUUCUUGAAAUAACAUUAAAAUAGAUAAACAUUCUUAUUACACAUAUAUACAAUAUAUUAUAAACACAAUUAGAAAUCAAAAUCGUUUUUUCAGACCAUUAGAGUAUAAUGUGCAUAGAUUUUUAAUCUACCAUACCUCCCUUCUUUUUAGGAGAAUCUCCUUAUCGACACCCCUCUUUUGCUUUGGUAUGUGGUUUAUUAUUUUAAACCGUAGUCGACUAACUGAAUGAUUAAAGUCAGUGAAAUGUUUGGAUACAUGUUGAAACAUAUCCUUACCCCCUAAUGGCAGAUUUAUGUUAUUUUAUUCUUUCAUGUACAGUUUCACCAACAUACCCCAAACCACAUGGGCAUGUUAACAAAUAUAUUGUAAAACACGUAUUACAAGUGAUUCCUGCCUCUAUUACUGUGUUCAAUAAAAGUAAAGUUGCUAUCUAAUGAAAAUGUAUAUACACUCUUAGAAAACUGAAUUUUUAUUAGAAUUGAAAACUAAAUUCUGUUACAUGAUGCACAUUUCAAUAAAAAAAAACAUAUUGUA